AUGGCACGAGAAGAUUUUGGAGACACGCGCCGUUCAAAUGCCAACGAGGAGAGAAUUUUUGUUGCAAUCCGAAUCAGGCCUUUGAACGAGAAUGAGAUAGUCAGGCAAGACGUAUCAGCAUGGAACUGCAUUGAUGGCAACACCAUCAGAUUUAAAAACAACCCAGCAGAACGAUCGUCGUCAAUGGAUACCCAUACAUUUGACAAGGUAUUUGGGGAUGACUGCUCCACACAGCAGGUGUAUGAGGAAGGGAUUAAGGAAAUAGCCCUCUCAGUGGUUAGCGGUGUCAACUCUAGCAUUUUUGCAUACGGGCAGACGAGCAGUGGAAAGACAUACACCAUGACUGGAAUUACUGAAUAUGCAGUGAGGGAUAUAUACGACUACACAAAUAUGCACAAAGAAAGAGAAUUUGUCUUGAAAUUUUCUGCGAUGGAGAUCUAUAAUGAAGCUGUCAGAGACCUUCUCAUGGUAGAUAGUGCCCAACUGAGACUUCUAGAUGAUCCAGAGAAAGGGACAAUUAUCGAGAAGCUUACGGAAGAGACUUUGACCGAAUGGAGCGACUUGCAGAAACUCCUUUCUAUUUGCGCCGCUGAAAGGACAACAGAAGAGACAUCCAUGAAUGAAAGUAGCUCCAGAUCCCAUCAGAUUAUUCGAUUGGUAUUUACUUUAUGGUUACAUUGUCUGACAGUCGAAAGUUCUCCUAAUCGUUAUGCAGGCGCUGAAAGUUCUGGCACUCUCGUAGCUAGUGUGAAUUUUGUCGAUCUUGCUGGAAGUGAGCGAGCUUCUCAAGCGAUGACUGCCGGUGCAAGAUUGAGAGAGGGUAGCCAUAUAAAUCGCAGUUUACUUACCCUUGGAACCGUAAUUCGCAAAUUAAGCAAGGAAAGAAAUGGACACAUACCCUACAGAGAAUCCAAGCUAACUCGCAUCCUUCAUAAUUCUCUAGGAGGUAAUGCCAGAACUGCCAUCAUUUGCACCAUUAAUCCUGCACGCAGUCAUGUUGAGCAGUCAAGAAAUACCCUACUUUUCGCUGGUUGUGCAAAGCAAGUGGCUACCAAUGCGCAGGUUAAUGUAGUAAUGACAGACAAGGUUUUGGUGCAGCAACUGCGGAAGGAGUUGGCCAGAAUGGAGAACGAGCUCAGAAACUUGGCACCCAAUACCGUUUUGCUUGAGCGAGAACUUCUGAUCAAACAGAUGGAUGAGGAGAUCAAAGAAUUAACUCGGCAGCGUGAUAUCUUUCAGUCUCGGGUUGAAACCUUGCUUCAGUCUGGGAAACAUCAGUUUCUAAGGAACGAUAAAGAUUCAAACCCUAUAUCGCCGGGUGUUUUCAAUAAUCUCCACCCUGAUCAGGACCCCGGCUGCGGAAGCUCUACUGAAAAUCCCGAUAGACCGAUAUCUGGUGUGGUUUUAAACAAUGACGAGGACCAUGCACGGCAACGUGAGAAUCAUGACCCCAAAGUCCAUUUGGACGGCAAUAACCCCAAGUUUGUCGGGCCUGAUUCGGAUCCAGGUUGGGAUGCCAUGGCUGAAGGAGGUAGUGCGGAAUCAGAGGACAGCUGCACGGAAGUUCGAUGCACUAAGAUUGAAGAAGUUAAAACCGGGCGCCAAACAGGUGUUGAUUCAUCCUUUCAUUCUUCUGAAGAAAGAGAAGGAAAAUCACCCCUGAGAGUGGUAUUGAAUGGAGAUGCUGAAUCGUCCCUAAGGAGGAAGGACGGUAAGCUGAAUCAUGUUGCCGAAGAUGAUAGCUCUGAUGCUCUAAAACAAAAAAUUCAGGAGCUUCAGAAGACCAUCGACCGCCUUGUUGGCCUAUCGGAAAAAUCCAAAGGGUCUUCAGAAUCACCCCUUGCUAUUUCUAGAAGAGUACCAUUCAGCAGAAGCAAAAGUUGCAGGCCAACUUUGGCUGCUACAUCUUCUCAUUGCAAUAAAGUGGAUCGGGAAAUUAUAUCGCGUGCUCAAGUCCCUGAGCUAGUGCCCAAAUCUCCCCGGUUCGACAAUCUGGAGCUGAAAACGGUGUCAACCUUUCAGUUCAAUAAGCUGGAUCAGAAAUCUGAGCCACCUCUUAAAUUUUAUGAGCCAAUGUCAUCUUCAAAAUUGGAUGCGCUGGAACAAGAAGCAAACGCAUCAGCAGCUAGGGUUGAAAAGGAAUGCUCUACAACUUCUGCACGCUUUGAAGACAAGCUCUCUAAACCAAAGUUACAUUACAAGAAAAGAAAGUCGUCCAGAAAUCAUUCCCGAACUCGCGGGUUGGAUACCAUAGGUGAAGUAGAAUCUCUCAUGGAUUCUGAUGCGGAGGAUACUGCUAGCGUCCUCAACUUUGUUGUGGAAAUGAAAACAAGAUCUGAGGUAACGCCAUUGAAGAAGGACUUCGAUGAUCUUAUGGUAAUGGCAAAGGCAUCUGGCUUCAAUGAUCGUACGGAUAGAGCAAAGAGCAUCAACUUUGGUGAAAUGCCAAAUUCCAUGUUACCUUACAAAUUUGAGGGGCUCCAGAGAUAUAUAAUCGAGCUCUGGCACACCUGCCACGUUCCUUUGGUUCAUAGGUCCUAUUUUUUACUUCUCCUGAAGGGAGAACUUCCAGAUUCUGCAUACUUGAACGCAGAGCUCAGACGUUUGUCCUCUAUUAAGGAUGCAUUUUCUAGUGGCAAUAAGUUCGUGGGAGAAGACGGCCGGAAUAUCUCACCUGAUUCAAGCCUGAAGGCUAUCAACCGAGAGAGGAAAAUGCUAAGCAAGCUAAUCCACAAGAAAUUUGCCUCCAAGGAAAGAUAUGAACUUUAUCAGAAGUGGUGCAUUGAUGUGAAGACAAAGCACAGAAGCGUACAAUUGGCUUGGAGAGUAUGGACUAAUACCGAAGACUUGUACCACGUUAGGGAGAGUGCUAUGCUUGUUGCGAAACUGGUUGGUCUGAUACAAUCAGACGAUCCCCCAAAGAAGACUUUGGGAUUUAGCUUCUUCGGUCGAAUCAAGAGCAAGAAAUCGCAAGAUUGGAAGGACGCAAGGCCUGUCGCCCUAUGAAUCUCUUCCGGAGA